UGGAUUCCUAUCUUUCGUAAGGCAUUUUAGCCUCCUUUUUGAAACCGUUAAACUUACGCGGGUUUUGUUACGAUUGUCGAAAUACACUCGGUUCUCUACAAACCCUAGAAAUCAACGACUGAUCUUGACAUUGUCGUCUGAUGGCUAUGGCAGGUUUGUAUAGGAGAAUUCUUCCAUCACCUCCUGCUAUUGAUUUCGCUUCUCCCGAAGGGAAGCAAUUGUUCAUAGAAGCUAUACAAGGUGGAACCAUGGAAGGCUUUUUUAAGUUAAUCUCUUACUUUCAGACACAAUCAGAACCUGCAUAUUGUGGAUUAGCUACCCUAGCUAUGGUCUUGAAUGCACUAUCUAUUGAUCCAGGAAGAAAAUGGAAAGGUCCUUGGAGAUGGUUUGAUGAGUCUAUGCUGGAUUGCUGUGAGCCUCUGGAAAAGGUUAAAGCUGAAGGCAUUUCUUUUGGGAAAGUUGUAUGUUUGGCUCAUUGUUCUGGAGCCAAAGUUGAAGCUUUUCGCACAAAUCAAAGCAAUAUUGAUGACUUUCGCAAGCAUGUAAUCUCAUGUUCCACUUCUGAUGAUUGUCAUUUGAUCUCAUCGUACAACAGAGGGACUUUUAAACAGACAGGUAGUGGGCACUUUUCACCAAUUGGUGGUUAUCAUGCAGGAAGGGACAUGGUGUUAGUUUUGGAUGUUGCUCGUUUUAAGUAUCCUCCUCAUUGGGUCCCACUAACACUCCUAUGGGAAGCCAUGGAUACCAUCGAUGACUCAAGUGGAUUUCGUAGAGGAUUCAUGCUCAUAUCCAGGCUUCAUCGAUCACCAGCACUUCUGUACACCCUGAGCUGUAAGCAUGAGAGCUGGAUCAAGAUUGCUGAGUAUUUGGUUGAAGAUGUUCCAAAAUUGUUAAGUUGUAAGGAUGUGAAAGAUGUGAAAGAUGUUCUUGCAAUUGUUUUCAAUUCUCUCCCAUCAAAGUUUCUUGAAUUCAUCAAGUGGGUUGCUGAAGUUAGGAGAAGAGAAGAUGCUGGUCAAACCCUAAGUCCAGAAGAAAAAGAAAGACUUGGUGUUAAGGAAGAGAUCUUGAAACAAGUACAAGAGAUUCGUCUACAUAAACACGUAACAGAUUUUCUGUUAACUGGGAAAUCAAGAGAGAAAGAGUCUCCAUGUUUACGUAAAGAAUCCUGUUUGACUGAUAUUGCAGAUAGUCUGUGUUGUCAGGGUGCAGUGUUUCUAGAAGGAAACAGUAAUGGAUUUUGUUGUCAGAAAACAUGUGUAAAAAGCAAUGGAGAUGUACAAGUGGAUGUGCUUGUUCCUUCAUCUUUAGAAAUGCACCCUGCAACUAAUGAUGUCCUCACUGUGCUUUUACUGGCAUUGCCACCACAAACAUGGUUUGGGAUCAAACAUGAGAAGCUUCUGCAGGACAUAAGUAGCCUUGUUUCAAUAGAUAGUCUUCCUACUCUGCUUCAAGAAGAGAUUAUGCAUUUGCGUGGUCAACUCUAUAUUCUCAAGCGAUGCAAAGAUGAAGAAACAGAGGAAGAUUUCGGUGCGCCACUCAUUUAACUUACUUUAGAAGGUCAGAUUGGGCUUUUUGCAGAACCAGAUUCAACAAAAGUUGAAAAGGUCAGAUAUUUGAUAACUAAAAAAGGAUACAAGUUGGGUCUCAUCAAAAUUGUAUUUUAAUAUUAUAAUUUUUUUUUUCAAAAAUAUUUGAUUAUUAUUAUUAUAGUUUAUUAAACUAAAAAAAAUAAUAGUUGUUGAUGUGCCAAUGUGAUCGUAUACAUAAAAUUUAACUGUUGGGUUUGGAACACAAAUAAAUUGUAACCUAUGGAAUGCCUAUAUAUGAUAUGAUGGUAACUAUUAUUUGUAAAUAUUAUAGUGUUUUGGUCCUAGAUAUCAAAUAA